UGAUGGCAGGCUAAGGGGUGGCUAGGAAACAGGCUCCGUGGGAGGGAGAGGGGCUGGCUAGUCUCCUGGGCCUUUUGCCUGAUUGCCAGAGUCCUUGGCUCCUUGCGGCUCAUUGGGUUUGGGGGAAGGGGCAGCGCUCAUGGUGCCCAGGGCCCAUGCCAUCCUCAGUGCAGUGACUUAUGGGUAAGGGGCUACUAAGGGAGGAGAUGGGAAUCUGGCCUUUCACACCCAGAUGGGAGCUGGUGUGUGGGGAAGCAGGCCCCAGUCCUGGCUUGCCGAGCAGGCUAAUUGAGCUGGGGCUGUGAGCUGAGCCUGCUCCCGGCAGUGCUCUGCCCUAGAGCCAGCUGGGCUUCUCCAUACGAUGCUUGGUCCCUUUCGCACGUGGCUCUGGGCUCAGUGGGGCUGUUCCUAUGGAGCAGGAAGCCUUGUUACCAGUCCCUGCUGCUCACUGAAUCCUUCUUGGGGCCAUGCCCCCCCCCCACCACCACAGAGCCAGGGCUCUGCCCUCUGGACUUGAGCCAGCAGGCCCCGGUGGGGCGAACGGGCCGGGUCUCAGGAUGGCUGCAGAGCAAAGGCCAGAGUGAAAUCUGGAGUAGGUUGCGCUACAGCUGGGGUCUCCUGCACUGUGCCAGCCCCGAGUCCUCUGCGUCAGCUAGGAGACAGAGUCCCCCCAGGCCAGGGAGCAUGUCUCAUCCCCGGAGGGUCACAGACCCUGCCCCCUUCCCUGUGUCUAUUCAGACUGAGCUCUGGGGGCAGGGACUGUCUCAGGCUGCGUCUGUGCAGCGCCAGGCGUGAUGAGUUCGGUAAGGGUCGUGUAAUGAUGCCCUCCGGGGAAAGUGGUGCAGAUUCCUGUGCAUUCACUGGAACGUGCGAGCAGGGCACUUGGCUCCAGGCUGAUAGGGCUCAGUUAUGCCGCUCCACCCCAGGGAGCCUGAACCCCGGCAAUGCCCAGGGAUGCGGAGCCCAGGUGGGGCCUCACCCUGCUCUGCAGACAUCCAAGACAUCGGUUUCCGUGGAAACGGCCCAAAUUAGACCAGGAAGGAAAGAAUGGGGCCCUGUUUGAUCUCCCUCUCGGGGAGGCUGCCAAGGGCCUGCGCUCGCUGGUGCAUUCAUUCCAGGGUCUGCGUGGGCCUGCCUGGGAUCCAGCAUCUGCUCCCUGCUCUCCACCACCCGGGGCAGUGUGGGGCCAGGGCUUGGCUGGAGGGGAAAUCGUGCGUCACAACAGGGGCCUCUGUCACGGACUCACAGGGACUCGUGCUCUCUUGGCUCCAUACGGUCCCUGGGAGGAACCCCCUUCAGUGCGACAGCCCUGCUCAGGGGUCUACUCUCUCCCGGGGGCUAAGCCCCUCCACCUCCUGGAACUGCACCUCUCUGAGCCUCAGCAUGCCUGUCUCUGCUGUGGGCCCCCUCAGGGAGUCCCCUUACUCUGGACCCCCGGGGCCUCCACUCCCAGGGGGAAUAAUGCCCCCCCGAUCUCUAGACCGGAGCGACUCUUGGCCAGCGUAACACAGGAGGGUUUAUUGAGCGUCUGAACCCAGCACAGGAAACUCUCAGGGCCCUCAGGCCUGGCCUCCCUCAGCACGGCACAUCCAGGUCUGUCCCGCAUGCAGAUGGGCUCUGGCUGCUCCCUCCUCCUGGCGCAGAGACCCCCUCCUUCCAGCCGAGGCAUCCGAUAUCACCGGCCCCAAUAGCUUCUCCCCGACCUUUGUCUUCCAUCCCAGUUCCUAGAAGCCAAGGAUCUAGGCCAGGACUGUGCUCUGGGACCUGACCCCUCCCCGAGACCCGGUCCUUCCGCUCCCUGAGACGAUGGCGAAUGUCACCAUGGAUAACUUCUCGUGCUAUGAGGCGUCCAUCGUGGGAUACCGCUACGUGGCCGUGAGCUGGGGCAUGGUGGUCACUGUGGUGGGCACGCUGGGCAACAUGCUGACCCUCCUGGCCUUUGCGGCUGACGCCAAGGUGCAGACCCGCUUCAACCUGCUCAUCGUCAACCUGACGCUGGCCGACAUGCUGUACUGUGCCGUGCUGCAGCCCUUCUCCGUGGACUCCUACCUGCACUUGCACUGGCGGGCCGGCCCCAGCUUCUGCCGUGUCUUCGGCAUGCUGCUCUUCGUCUCCAACUCAGUCUCCAUCCUGACGCUCUGCCUCAUCGCCGUCAGCCGCUACAUGCUCAUUGCCAACCCGGCCCUCUUCAACCGGAACUUCUCCCGCCUGGGUGUGGGGCUCAUGGCCCUGGGUACCUGGGUCCUCGGCUUUGCCAGCUUUGCCCCGCUCUGGCCCGUCUUCGUGCUGGUGCCCAAGGUCUGCACCUGCAGCUUCCACCGCAUCAGGGGCCGGCCCUACACCACUAUCCUGAUGGCCUUCUACUUUGUGGUGGGCCUCAGCUGCGUGGGCAUCUUCUACUUCCUCAUCCACCGCAAGGUGAAGGGGGCAUCCCACGCCAUGGACCGCUACAAGCUGAAGAAGGCCAGCCUGAAGGGGGCUUAUGUUGCUGGGGCCAGCUUGGCCACGCCAGGCCAGUUUGUGGAGCUGGACAGCGGCGUGGACACGGGUGUCUCCCAGCACUCCAGCAUCUCGGAGCAGGGCCAAACCUCCAAGACACUGGUCAUGGAAAAUGGCCCAGCCUCAGCCCUCACCCCAACCCCGGCCCCCACCCCUGCCCCUGCCUCUGCUCCUGCCCCUGCCCUCACAGCUCAGGCCCCAGUGGUGCCCAAAAGCCUGCCCUCCCAGCCCAAGGACAGCAACAAGGAGUUCCGGAAGGUCACCUGCAUGUGCUUCGUGGUCUUCCUCUUCUUCGUCCUCAGCUACAUCCCCUUCCUCCUCCUCAACAUCUUCGAUGCCAAGAACCGGGCGCCUACAUGGUUGCACAUGGUGGCCGCCAAUCUGACCUGGCUGAACAGCUGCAUCAACCCCGUGCUGUACGCCGCCAUGAACCGCCAGUUCCGUGAGGCCUACACGCAUGUGAUCUCCACCAUCUCGCGCCGCCUCUGGUGCCUCUGAGGGCUGGGGUGGUAGGGGGGCAGGGCUGCCCCAGAUCAGAAAGCUGCCUUGGUGCUGCCCCGCAUCCCAGGGGGACCCCAUAUCCUGUCUUGCCCCAGGGGAGGACAUUGGACCCAAGCACAGACUCAUGCCAGAUGCGAGCUUUGCCCUGCCCCGGUGCCUCCUGCUGGUGGCAAGAGGAACUGCCCUCUCUCUAGGGAGGUGGCAGGGGCAGGUUGGUGCUGAGCCCUGCCCCACAUGGGCUGCCAGUGAUGGGCUCUGUGCUGCCUUCGCAGAGUGCUAGCAUGGACUGUCCCUUUACCCACCGUCCUUGGCCUGGUGAGGUGGUGGAGGCCGGCUGGGCCCUGCCUUCCCAGCUCUAUUUAUUGUCUGUUCCUGAUUUACACCUUGUAAUUUUUCUAUCACUGCCUCAAUGAAUGGAUCCCUGUGUGUCUAUUAUUGGCUGCAUUGCCUGUUCCCAGCCAGCGAACAAGCCCUCCAUCAACUGUGGGGUGGGGGGGGCCUGGGGCCAGGGCCGACCAUAGGUCUGGGCUAUGUGCAUAUCCAAGCACCAAGUGUGGGGAGGGGAUGGGAAGGGGAGGGAAUAUGUCAUAAACAUAGAAGUAAGGAUAACAUAAAAUCUCUCCUGGGAAGCUGUACUAAAUCGCUUCACCUAUAAGGGGUUAAGAAGCUCAAAUAACCUGAUUGGCACCUGACCGAAAGGACUGAUAAGGAAAGAAGAUACUUUCAAAUCGAGGGGGGGGGGGUUGUUUGUGCUCUCUUUGUUUGUUCUCUCUCUGACCAGGCAAGUAAACCAUCCCCUGAAACACACCUGAAAUGAUUCAUCUAAGAUUACAAAAAAUUGUAAGCAAGGGCAAGGAAAUACGUUAAAUUAUCUUUUGUUUUAGCUUGUGAAUUUUCCCUAUGCUAAGAGGUAGUUUUAUUCCUGUUUUUUAAAACUGUGAAGCUAAGUCCAGAAGGGAGUCCUCUGUGUUUUAAAUCUUUUUAUUUCCCUGUAAAGUUAUCUUCCAUCCUGAUUUUGCUGAGAUUUUUUACUUUUUUCUUUAUAA